AUGGCAUCGCCGUCACCGUGGCCGGAAAAGCUCCUCGGCCCCGUCGUCGCGGGCCUCCGCGCGACCUGCCGUUCGUGGCCCAGCGUUCCCUCGCCGCCGCCGCCGUGGUCCGAACUCCCACUGGACCUCCUAGGCCUCAUCGUCGCCAGCCUCCCAGACCCGGCCGACCGCGCCCGCUUCAGCUCCGUGUGCCGUUCCUGGCGCUCGGCCCCCUACCCCGACACGCGGCAGCUACCAUGGGUCGACGCAGUGUGCCGUUCCUGGUACUCCGUUUCGUCUCCCGGAACACUGCUACCUUCGAUCAGCGUCGACCGCUUACCGAUAUCGUCUCCCCCGACCUCCCAACGCCAGCCACCACCAUGGCGCCAUAUCUGGCGCUCGGUCUUCCCUCCGCGGCGGCAACACCCGUGGGUCGUGCUCCCGGGCGGCUUCUUCCUCGAAGACCUCCCUCCGGGGUUAUCCGACGUCUGGCCGGAACCGAUCGCCUCCUUCCCCAAGAAUCUGCGAUGCGUGGGCUCCACCGACAGCUGGCUCGCCCUCGACUGCAUGGACGGCGAGGGAAGGCAUGCCUACUUCUUGCACAAUCCUUUCUCAAGGGCAACCGUGCCGCUCCCGGAGCUGGACGCCGUCAUCGGCGAUGUCUCCGAGUUGUUUGAGAUCCGCAAGGUGCUCAUGCGAUCAACCCCUGAUGACCUCAUCGUGGUUAUGACCAACAACCUGGAUCUCCCUAUAUUUUCAAUGCAGCGAGGGAAAGGUGUGUUGUUACCACAGCCGGAAACAGCUCCCAUCGUCGACAUUGCCUUUCUUAGAGAUAAACUCUACGGACUCACCAUGGAUGAACUUAUCUCCCUCCCCAUCACCUUUGAUGAUGUCCACGACAUACCCAUGGCUACUAGUAUUGAGCAGAUCAUAUGGAGCAACAUUGAUGAUGCCGAUGUAGCAGGCAAUGAUGAGGACGAGGAUGAUAACAACACAGACGAUGAGGGUGACAAGCAAAACAUUGGUGAGGUUGGUAAUGAUAAUGAUGAGCUUCUUCUUAGCGAAGAGGACAAAUCCAAACGUCGUAAUCACAUCAAAUUGAUGUUGAAAGCUAGGGAUGGCAUGCUAGGCCCCGGCCUCCGGUGUGAAGCCAACUAUAUGAUCUUUCGGUACUUGGUCGAGUCAUGUGGGAAGCUUUUCAUGGUGAUUCGAGAAGCGCAUAGUGUGAGAUUCACUUACAAGGUGGAGCUUCUCGUGCUCGAUGUUAAUGCAACUGCAUGGCUUCCGGUCUCCGGCGGCGGGCUAGGUGGCCAUACGUUUUUUAUCAGCAAACCCUUCAGCAAGUCUGUUUUAGCUCAUGGGGAGGUAGAACCAGAUGCUAUUUAUUUUGCCGAUUUUGGUGGUGAAGUCUUUUGUGUGAAAUCCUCCGAGGCGAGACACAUUGGUCAUUUUCGGAGGGAGAAAUUUCUUGACUUCAAUACCACAACAUGGAUCUUUCCUCCAUACUGA